AUCACCCCUCAGUUUUCAUCUUCCCUGAUAUUCAAUGGGUAUAAUAACCAUAACGAUUGGUAGAAUUAUCCCAAAAAUAAAAUUUUAAUAAAAUGUCCUAUUUUAAUUUAAAUUAACCAAAAGUGUUUAUGUAUGUCGCGUACAUUAUUGAUUUCAUUAUUACCAUCAUAUAUAUAUAUAUAUGAAUGUGUUUAUUCUUCAAUAAUUCUAUAUUUUGUAUCCUAUUAUUCAAGGACAAAGAUAGGAAAAUUGUGCUAGUCAAUCAUAUUAUCUUAAUUUAUCGAUUAAAUUAGUUUAGUUAAAUGUGUAUUCAACUACCAAUAAGAAUUUUUUGUUAAUUAUUCCCAAUCAGAAAUCAUUUAAAUAAUACUGAUCACUUUCAAUGAAAAACAAAAUGUACUUUCUUUUAAACCAAAACAAGAUUUUUUUUAAAAUAUUCCAUUAGUAUCCAUAACAUGAAUAUAAAUGUUCAUUAUUUAAUAAACGAAUUCAUUUAAUUGUUUGUUGUUUAUUUUCUUUGUUGUUGGAAAUUAUCAAUGAAAAGUUAAUCAAUUCAUUGUUCAAUUUUUAUUCGAUAGAAAAAAACAAACAAACAAAAUUUCGUCCUUAUUUUUUCUGUACUUCUUCAGCAAUUUAAUAUGAUUUAUAUAUUGAUAAUCCAUUUUAUUUUAUUUAAAGUUCAUUAAUCAAUUUAAAAUUUUCUUCAUGAAAAUUUUUUAUUGAAGAUAAAUUGUGCAAAAAUUUCAUAGAAAAUAAACUUUCUUUUUCCAUUUUUUUUCUUUUCAAAAAUUCUGAGAAAAAGAAAACUUUCUUUAAUAAGCAUUUAGAACAUCAUGAAUUUAUGUUAAAAGUACAUUUUCGAUUAACCAGAUUUAUUUCUUUAAACAACAUUCAUUGGAAAAUUCAUCAUUCAAGUUGAUCUAAAAAAAAUUUUUUUUUUUAAUGCCCGGAGAUAAUCAACAACAAAGUGCUUACAAAUAUCGAAAUACCCGUUAUGGAAUUCAUCAUGAUGAGUCCGGGGCUAAUGUUAAAUCAUCUUCACCCAAACAAUGUGAAGAUCUUCUAGCUGAAAAUUUACCAAGAAUUGAUACAGCUCGUUUAGCAAAUGAUCCAUUUUUAGGUACAGUAGCUGGUCGAUUAGCUCAGGAAAUACAUGAUGAAUUUCUUGUUUGUAAAAUAUGCUUCGAUAGUUAUACAAAUCCAAAAUGUCUUGCGUGUUUGCAUACAUUCUGUGCAAAAUGUAUUGAAAAGCAUAUAUCAGCUGAAGUUACUUAUAAUAAGUAUACAGAUUAUCGUGAUUUCACUUGUCCAUUAUGUCGUAAACGUACACAACUUCCAUUAGGUGGUGUUAAACGAUUACCAGAUAAUUUUCUAAUUUCUGGUUUAACUGAUUUAGUACUAAGACAAAGAGCGUCAUCGAAUGGUUCAUCAACAGCUACAAUUAUUGGUAGUCCAACUACUUGUCGAAUUAACGAUAGGUUAGAAAAUAAUAGACAAGUAUCAACCACUGUUAACGAAAGUAUCGAUUCAUUACAUCAAUUACCAAAUUUGGAAAGGAAACAAUUACGUUAUGGAGAAUGUGAAAUUUGUUCACAAGUAAGUCGAAUUGAUAGAGGACAUUCAAGUGAACCACUAAAUAAGACAAAUUCAUCAGAAAUCAAUGGCCUAACUAAUACUGCUGAUAAUUAUAACGCUGGUAGUCAACAACGCGCUAGUUCAGCUUGUUUAAAUAUUUCACCAAAAGCAACAUCGAAAUGUUUAGAUUGCAAUAAACUUCUAUGUGAUGAAUGUGUUCAACGACAUAGAAAUACUAAAGUUACUAAAGAUCAUGCGACGUUUGAGUUACAAUCACAUAGUGAUAUUGAAUGUAAAGAUCAUCCAGGUGAAACUGUACGAUUUUACUGUGAAGCAUGUUCAAUGUGUAUAUGUGUUCUAUGCACAUUUAAUGCUCAUCGUGAACAUGAAGUAACAAGUUUUGGUGAAGCCGUUGCAAAAUUAAGACAUGAAAUAAGUAGGAAUUUAGAUGCUACAUGUCAACGUAUUGGAAAAGUUCAAUCUCAGUUACAUAACGUCCGAGAUGCUGCUAAUAUUAUACAUCGAAUUGAACAAAGAAUUCACGAUACUGCAGAACAUUUCAUGGAAGAAAUUCAACGUCAAGAACAAGAAUUGAUCAGUGAACUGCAUCAAUUUGUUGGUGAACGUAAUAUGCAUCAUAUACACAAUCAACCAGAUCAAGAACAAAAUGUUGAAAUUGCUGAAAGUCUAUUCAAAGAUAUUGCCAGUUCAUUAGAUAAUCAAGAUAUGGAAUUAUUGUUAGUUCGAUCGAAUCUAUAUGAAAAAAUUGCUGAAUUAAAUCAUUUAGAGUUAAUUACAGAUAAAUUUGAUGCGAUUAAAUUAGAGAUUUAUUUCCGAACUGGAGCUGUAAAUCUAGGCUAUUUAACAAAUGAAUCAGCAAUGAAUAAUAUGCAUCAUCACGCCGACGACGACGAUGAUGAUGACGAAAAUUAUGAAGAUUUAUCUAUGCCUCUAGAAUGCAAUUCAUCGUCGACCGAUUCUAAUACAUCGUCAUCCAUAGAAUUAGCUAACAGACCAUGCAUAAAUUCUACAGCUUGCCAAACAGAUAUAAGCUUAACAGAAUCAAACGACCAAUAUGAUUUAACUACUCAACAGUUUCAGCAAUCAGCUAAACAGUGUCGUACACGAGCAUGCAAUACAGACUUAAUAUCGAUGAUAAACCAAGAAACAAAUACACGUCCACGUGGUAUUCAUACAAUAAUCACAUUUUCAGAUAUUUCUUCAAAUGCAGCAUCGGAAGAAUUUUUAGCUAAACUUGAUAAAGAAACUAUAAAUUUUAAUGAGAUGGAUAAUCUAACUAGAGCGAGGAUACGUCGUAAACUUCAUGAACGUUUUAAUACAGUUGAUCAGAUUUCAAAUGGUGGCAAUAGUAACGGUAAUUCGUGUAAUACACCACGUACAUCAUUACAUUUUGGAUCAAAUGGAACAUCUCCAGCCUCAAUAACUCAACCAACAAAUGUUAAUAACAGUAUAACUUAUAAUCAUAACGAUGUUCAUUCAAGACGUUACAGCUCUUAUGAUAAACGCUUUCAUUUCUAAAUACAGUUUCUCUUAUCUGAAAUAUACAUCCAUGUUUCGGUGUUUUAAUAUUUCUUUAUUUAAAGUUUCAAUAAAUUCAUGGACACUUGAAAACAAGUGACAAUAAAUUCUAAUUUGGUAUACUGUUUUAUGACUAUUUAAUGCUAUACUUGUUACGUUAGGAAAUUAUAAGGUUUUUUUUAAAAUUUAUUUCCAUAACAGCUUUAUGGUAUAGAAAUUCAUUUCACAUAACCAGUUUCUAGCGUUUGGAUAGAACUAAAUGCUUAGAAACCGAAUGACAGGCAUUCUGUAAUGAAUUUGAAAUUAAUGGUAGCUAAUGGAAGUCAAACUCUAUUCACAAAUGUGUUUAGUUUAAGAUGAGGGAACAGGUCACAGUUUAAUUGAUUGGGCAUAAGUAAACCGGAAAUCUCAAACGCCCUUGAUCUGGAUACUAGCCAACCAGAAAACAAUGUUGUGAUGAUGAGAUAAUGUGUAAUAAACACCGUGUGGGAACGAGUUUUAACAUUCACAACGAACCCUUGCUUGCAAUCUCUUUAAUCUAUUUGGUUGUUCAAUAAAGCAUGGUACUGUAGUGAACAAGACCACAGGCGGGGAAAAAUGUAUUUGAACACAAAAUUACAUAAUCCCUUAGCAAGAUCUGAGAACCAUACAUUAAAUACUUCAUUUGCAAAAUAUCAAUCGAUUGUCUCAGACUUUGUUGUUCCUUCGUUUCCAAACAAAUCAUUCUAUGUUCUCGUUCUCUUUUCUUCGAUCUUUGUAACCUCCCUCCACCAUACGUUUCCC